UCCGCCGCUCCGCCGCGGGCCUCCAACGGCAGCCGGGACGCGGGAGCCUGGACGCGGACGCCGCUGGCCCCCGGGGAGGUGAUCGCCGCGCAGAGCGGAGCCUUCGAGAGGGACCCGCAGGAGUCGAGCACCACGGACGAGGAGCUGAGCCGCGCCGGGAGCCGCGGUACCACGCCGGACUACGGCGAGAAGCGGCUGCCGCAGGCGCUCAUCAUCGGGGUGAAGAAGGGCGGGACGCGGGCGCUGCUGGAGGCCAUCCGCGCGCACCCCGACGUGAGGGCUGUGGGCACCGAGCCCCACUUCUUCGACCGCAACUACGAGAAGGGGCUGCAGUGGUACAGGGAUGUGAUGCCCAAGACGCUGGAUGGCCAGAUCACCAUGGAGAAGACCCCCAGCUACUUUGUGACCAACGAGGCCCCCAGGCGCAUCCACUCCAUGGCCAAGGACACCAAGCUGAUCGUGGUAGUGCGCAACCCCGUCACCCGCGCCAUCUCGGACUACACGCAGACGCUCUCCAAGAAGCCGGAGAUCCCCACCUUUGAGGUGCUGGCCUUCAAGAACCGGACCCUGGGGCUGAUUGACGCUUCCUGGAGCGCCAUCCGCAUCGGCAUCUACGCGCUGCACCUGGAGAACUGGCUGCAGUACUUCCCCCUCUCCCAGAUCCUCUUUGUCAGUGGCGAGAGGCUCAUUACAGACCCAGCCGGGGAGAUGGCCAAGGUCCAGGACUUCUUAGGCCUCAAGAGGAUUGUGACAGAGAAACAUUUUUAUUUUAAUAAAACCAAGGGGUUCCCCUGUCUAAAGAAGCCGGAGGACAGCAGUGCUCCCCGGUGCUUGGGCAAGUCCAAGGGUCGGACUCACCCCAAAAUAGACCCCGACGUCAUCCACAGACUGAGGAAGUUUUACAAACCAUUCAAUGUCAUGUUUUACCAAAUGACAGGCCAAGAUUUCGAGUGGGAGCGGGAAGAAAGUGAGAAGUAGAACCAAGAAAUCGGGAAGAGAGCUCUUUCCUUUUGAGAUGUGAAUCAUCAUUAGAGACCCAGAACUCACGCAGGGCUGAAGGCUUGGGCUUGUAAGCACAACACUUGCGUGGUCGGGGCUGCAGCUGGAGGCGAACAGCAUGGCCAGCUCUGAAACCUUGGUGACGUGUCACCUCUGAGGCUUUUGGCCUGGGCUCUCCCCUCCUGAGGGAUCAGGGAAUGGGCAGAAGGAGAAGGUGGCAGGAGUGCAGCUGUGGGUGGUGGGCACUUCGUGUCCGUGUUCUGCUGCUGGCGUGUCCCUGUGCCAUGCAGGCAGCAGCAGGAGGUGGCAUGUGGAAUCCAGCAGCACCGCAAACCAAGAGGUCUGAUUUCCCCCUCCCUGGCUUAAAGUUUUGCUCACGCAGCAGCAUGAGAUCUGGUGAAUUCAGGCCAUGCAUUCACAAGCACCUUGGCAUUUGUGUGUGGAAGGAAUAAAGCCAGUUAUGCUGCAAAGGAACUCUGUAAAGAAACAUAAUUUGCACCAGAUGUUCCGGUUACUUGUUGCACUAAAACUCGUACUUACCAAGUGCCACAAAACCUGGGCGCGAUUCUCCUCUCACUGGUGACUGCAGCUCCACUGAUGGAAGAGAAACAUUCUGACGUACGAGGAGAGAACCGUUCUAAUUCAUAGGGCUGCUCAGUGAGACCAGAAUCGGGGCCUUCCCCCCACAUUCCAAGGCCUCACUGCAGGUCCUGGGUGCUGCCUGGGGGCCGGGCGCUCUCCAUGGGAUCCCAGCCAUGGGGACAGCUGUCCCACCGUGGCCCUGGGUCUGUGGCUCACGUGCACCUCGCGGACCUGCUCCUGCUGCUGGCUGCUGCCAACGGGCUGCGCAAAGUCCCGAAGCAGCCUUUGUCUUUACUUCAAAUCCGUUACAAAAAAGCAGUUAAUUCCCAGGGUGAGCACUGCUCCGCAAACAUAUGUGUGUGUUCUAGUAGAAAUGACCGAGUCAUACGCUCAGCCAAAUUUGCAAAUCCUGGUAGAAGCUAUGGAACAAACCCGUAUCUUAACUGAAUCCUCAGCAGCGCGUCGCGAGCCAUGCGCUGGGACCAGCAGAGAGCAAGGCAGCAGCACUUUGAAGCAGCUGCUGCUUCCCUGACCGUUAUCGAGAGAAAAACAGAAAGAGAGAGCAAAAGAAAAAGUGCAGAGCUGUUGCUGUGGAAAUGCUCCCCUUGUACGGGUGAUUUCUAGCUCAAGUGUUGCUCCUGCCCUCCUGUAGGACUGCGGCUGCUGCACAGCUCCCGGUGCCUCGUGGUGCUGGGCCCUCGGGAGCAGCAGAGAUGCAGUGUGAGGUGGCUUUGGGAGGACCAGGACUCAGUUGUGAUUAAGGGGGGAAGAAAACCCCAUUGAUCCAACUAACCAAAUGAAAUCAGUGUUAGAUUAGCUAAAAAGCUGAACCUGCUCCAGGUUUCAUGGUCUGUCGUGUGGUUCAUUACACUAAAAGCAGAGCUGGUGCCUUGGACUGGGAGCAGAAAGAGCUGGAUUCAUUCUGAAAAUCUGCACCGUGGUCCGUGCUGGAGGGGCACAGCACAGCUCCCUGCUGAAGUCACAUCAGUUCAGCCUGGAUUAGGUUUAAAAACAGCUCCUGUCCUGGCAUUACCGUUUUUUACUGAUCCUCAGGCCCCCCAAAUUCUUGCUUGAUAAUUGGAAGUAUGUAAUAGGAAUAACUUCAUGGUGUGUCACAUGCUAUUAAAAUGUCAUGCCUUCUCCCGAGCGUGGGCUGCCCCAGUGCAACACAGCGUGAGCCGACCAAUGUACGCAGCAGGAGGACAAGGGCUGGGGCACACAGCACCGCACAUCUCCUUCGUGACAAUGCCUGGGAACCCACACCCGCGUCCCGCCACCCUCCUGCUCCGCACUUCUUGCCAUGUUUGCAGAGUUUUAUUUUUUAUACCAGCCAUGACCUCGAGCCCAUGGCACUGAGGGGUCGGGCUGUGGGGCUGCGCUCUGCUUGCUGAGACGUGUGCGGCUGCAUCGCCAAUGCGGCGCGUUGACAGAGGAGUUAUUUGGCCAGAGAGCGGCCUGCCGAAAGAGAGAGUCAGGUUAAUAAUACCUUUUUUUAAAACCUAUUCAAAUGUCAGCAUUACAAUACACGGGAAAUUGAAUUUUGUAUUUGAUUUCAAUUAGCAAAGCAUAAAUUAUAUUUAAUUUUAUACGCAGACGGGUGAUUCAUUGUUCUGGAGGGCUGGUGCUGCAUGGUUCAGAGACUGAAAACGGAGCAUUGUUGGUCUUUUCUGAAACCCAACCACUGUGCUCUCACCGCCUCCCAAACGCGUCUCUGUCUGUCCGUGUCCCUCUGUACUGCACAGUAUGAACAUCUCCAACUGCACACAGCACUAAACAAUAAAACGGUGUAGCAGCUGCAUUUCUGUGCUCUGUUCCUCCUCAGCCCCACAUGAGCCUGGAGGGGACCCCAGCUGUGAUCCCCCCUGGGCAAGCCUGGCCCCAGGACUGCACAGCCUUUGGGGGUGCAGAUCCCCCAGUGGUGAGCAGGCAGCAGAAAGCCCCGGCUGCAGCCCUGCAAUGGGGUAUCCCGGUGGGCAGGGGGUGUUCCUGCACUGGUUGCAGCCAUCCACUGCCCUCCCAGUUCCAGGGGCAUCGCCAAAGCCAUGGGGAGCAGAUCCCUCGGCAGCACCUGGGAGGUUUCCCUCGCCGCUGAUGGAGGGUAAAGCAGUUUGUAAUGAAAGCAGGGAGAGGGCUGGCUGCCAGGCAAAGAAAUUAGGGGGAAAAUUUUUUUAAUCCUAUUUUGUGUGCACAAUUUCCUGCUCACUUGAAAAAAAGAGCUAUUUUGCAGCACGGCCUUCUUGUGUCAUCUGAUAAAACCGCUAGAAAACUUUUAUCAACAAAAUUAGGAAGUAGUGAACUAUAAAAUUGCUAAUUAUUUUCUAGUAAAUUUACUUUUAAAUAACUUUAGACACCAAUUACAGGCACCAUUAGGCACCAUUAACACUGGGUGUAUUUACCAAACAACAGCGGAAUACUUAUUAUUCAAAUCAAGACCAUUUUGGUGCAGAUUUUGCUGUUUGGAAAGCAGUCCCUUCUCACCAGAUGUUUAAAGAGCUAUCAAAAAAUCAAUCACACCUGAGGGGUGCUCAGAUGCACAACACCUGGGCUGCAGGUGCACGCAGUCCACCCCUCGGGACAACCCCUGUACAAUCACUGCCGUGUCUCAGAGCUGCAGCUUUCUCUUCCCAUGGGGAGGGGCUCUGGGUGGACCCGUGCAGCUCUGCUAAGUGCCAUGCAGCUCUGCUAAGUGCCAUGCAGCUCUGCUAAGUGCCAUGCAGCUCUGCUAAGCCUCCCUCGCUGCAGGAUCCCAUAGCCCCGCACCGGGCUGAGCGCAGUACCCCAUAAUUGGACGUUGCCAGGCGGCUGUCAGAGAGCUGGCUGCAGAGCUGCUACCUGCUCCCAUUCCCUGCUGUUCUCUUUGACAUCCUCAUUAUUUAUUAACUGCCCUGUACCCAACAGGCUGCCACCGAUGCAGAGAUGCUCUUAUUAUGCAGCUCUGCUGCUCUGCCUGCCGUCCAAGGUCACCUCCUCCAGGACGUUUCGCAAACCAGAUUGAAGAGGUUCCGGCAAAAAUGCAACAUGUUCUGUACAUGUCGGUGCCAGGUUUCAAACAGAGCCCUUUGAAUGAGGUAGCGUACAAGAUGAUGAUAUAAGACCCUGUUGCUUACUGUUUUCCUCUAUCCUGCGUGCAGCUGAGGCUUCUGCACCUACAUCAGCAAGCAGGGGAAAUCAGAGCAUCAGGCAAGGGCUCCAGCCUUUGGCUUUCACACGCUGGAACAAAGAGCUGCUCUCUAACACCAAGCCCAGGAAGAGAGCAACGCAAGGAUCAUUUAAUGGCCAAGCUGCAGAUCCGCGAUGACCUGCUCUAGCUGCCAGCACAACAGAACUGCUCCUUCCAGCCCCCAUCCCUGCCCGCCCCGACCUGGCGCAGCAGCACCACAGUGCUCAGUGCCAAAAGCUGCGACCCCCAGGCUCCCAGGCUGGCUUACCAAAGCAAAGUGAUGCUCUCACUUCCCCCUGCUUGGCACAGUGUUUUCUGCCACCCUCAGGUGGAAGACUUGAACUCAGAAGGAAUGCUUUGAUGAUCACUUCACUGCAGCUCUGUACCACCACCAGGGAUCUUUUGGAAGGUUUAGGUGCAAUGCAAGGUCUAAUGGGCACAUAGGGACGAGCACUUCCCAUGUGCGUUUAGGGUAGGGAUAGAGCUGCUGGAUCAGAAGGCUUUUCCCCAGAAAGGUUUACCUACAGAUUCACAGGAAUUGUGCUGUAACCCAGCAAUACACUGGGACAUCGGAGCUCAGUACAGCUACAGUGAGCACUGAGAUGCCCCUGCUGCCUGCUGGGACCUGGAGUCCCACGGCCACUGCCCCUGCACGGGACCUGGGAGGGGGAUGGAAUGGAAUUGGGGACACCCCAGCACCGCAUUUUGCAGCUGAAGUCUCUGUGUGCAGAGAGAUGGAUGGGAAGUUGAAGAACCAAAUUAAUAUGGUAAGUAAUCCUCUCCCUUUAGCAAUAGCUUUCCGCAUGAAAUAAUGGCGUAAUGUCUAACUUUCCCUCGCAUACACAUUUCCUCAUAACAAACACUUAUAUGAUAUGCAGCUAUUUGUGUUUCAAGGCAAAAAGCGUGUAGUGUAAUGGACUCUAUUCUGACUAUUUGUCCGUAAAGAAAUCUCACUGUUUCAUGGGAAACAAGGAAAGACAUUAUACUCAGAGACAAUUUCUUCCUGUUAAAUCCAUUCUUUACCUUUCUCCCUAGUUCUGCAUUAGAGGAGAUGUCUGCAGGGCUCUGCUGCCUCUGCAGGAGUGUCUGCAGUCGGGACAGAAGCACUGUGCUGCUGCAUAGGGCUAAGGAGAAGGAAGUGCUCGGCUCUGCUCCUUGUUUCUCUUUCCACAAGAUUAAUAGCCAGAGUGGCAGGGACAGAGAUUUGUCCUGUACAGGGACUUGUCUCUGUGGAUGUUGCUCUCCACACUGCUCUGAGGCAGAUCCUGCAAACAUCGACAUCACGCAGAAGAAAUGAGCUUUUCUCCGGUGGUGACACACUGCUCAAAAGCACUGAUCCAGAUAACAAGAGAGAUGUCUGUGUAAUGAAGGCAAAUGACACAUCUGGCAAUUUUCCACCCAACUGACAGAGAUAAACAGUUAUAAAUAUACCCCCAUUAAUGGGGUAAGCAUCCUUCACAGCCUGUCUGGAGAGCCGCGGGGCUGCGGCACAGUGACGCACGGUACCAGGUGCCACCGAGCGGUCGGAGCCGUGUCCUGGUGCUGACGGAGGCACAGUGGUGGCAGUGGGGUGCCAGGCAGGACGAGGGGCUGCACAGCUGCACACACACACGGGGCAGUGCUUCCAGGGCAGGGGAGUGGCCCCAUGGGUGCUUCACGCUCACCAUAAGACACUCCCGUGGCACCACGGAUGCUCGUGGUUCACUGCUCAGAAGUUGGCUUUGGCUUAAGAGCUCUCAGCACCCCCUGAGCCAGCUGCAGUGGUCUCUUAAUCGUAAACACUGGCACCGCAGCAGCCGCCCCUUGGCAUGCGAGCAGCCUGAAAAGACAGUUCAUGAGUGACUCUGCGAAAGGGCUCGAUCUGGGCUGCAGUUUGGCCACUCUCCAGUUCACGCAAUCUGUCCGAGUUCGCAAAGAGCAGGUCCUGCUGAGGAGGGCUUUGCAGUUUCUAGAUAGCUGAAGUGCGGGUACGGCAGCAAAUACUCUGCUCAUCCAUUUGGUUGGAGGACAUCCCUACAGAGUAAGGUUGAGAAAUGGUGCAACUAACAUUUCCUUAUAGCAAGGCUUAAUAACAAAAUCAUAAGUCUGGUGUCUUCCUCCAAGGCAUGACAACUUGCGUGGCAAAGUAGAUUUGCUGGAUUUACAAUAUGGGAAUUACUCAUAGAAAGGAAAAAAACCAACAACCCUAUGCUCCCAGAGAUACACGCUAAAAAUAUUCUAUAACUCAGAGAACUGUGAGUUUAAUCUCCAUUCCAUAUAUCCUCCGUUCUUUGGGUGGUGAGACCCUGGCACUGCUGCCCGGAGAGCUCAGGGUGCCCCAUCCCUGGAGGUGCCCAAGGCCAUGGAGAGCCCUGGGCUGGUGGUUGGCAGAGGGAUUGGAACUAGAUGAUCUUUAAGUUCUCCCCCAACUUGAGAUUUUAUAAUGCUGUAAGGAAAAAUGUCUUUUCAUACAUCUCAGCGAGGCGAUGGAAUAUGCCACUGGCUCGUCCCACUGUCUUAAUCUGUCUGCAGUGGCGGAGCUCCCAAACCAGCAAGGUACCAUAAAAAAAAAUUCUCACUUUCAGAUGGGAGGUUUUUUUUUUGCAUUUCGAAUAUAUAAACAAAGAGCCAGGCCAAAUGAUGGACUCACAGCCCUGUGCUCGUGGCAUCCCUGUGAGCUCUGCAGGAGCACGGGGCUUCUGGAGAUGUAACCAUAGACCCGGUGCACCACUGCUCCAUUCCCUCCUCUGCCCAAAUGCAUCUCUCUGUCCUUAGCUCCUUCAGUUCCUGGCCUGAUUGCAUCUGUCAAAUCCUUUCUGUUAGAGUCUUUUUCUCCCUGGUUUUGAAGCACUCUCCCAUCCUCCCUUCUCAGCUGUGCCCAGGUGAUAGCAAACAUUCCUGCUGUGGAGCUUUGCAGUUUUCUGCUCUGGAAAGCACCUGCAGCUCCAUCAGUCAUUUUGGUGGGGCUCUCAGACGAUAUUUGCAGUUCCCUUUGGAUUCCCUUGGCAAGCACUGAGUGCAGACAGAGCUGUGGUAAUGGAGGUGCCGGCUCACAGCCCAGUAGUGAUGGAGCUGGAGGAAGCAGGCACAGAGCUGGGAGGCAGCGGGCAGAGAUGAUGCUCGCAGCACGGUGCCCGGUGCCAUUUACACCAUGGGUUUCUCACAGGUUACAAACAAUUAUUGGUGCUUUCCAGCAUCGCCUGGCACAUAUCUGUUACUGGAGCCCUCCUGGUGCCAUGGAGGAGCGCUGCUGUCUGUGGGGACAGCUGCUUGCAUCCAGCCCACAUGGUACCUACAGCUUCAUUCAUAUUCACAUUCUUGUUCAGUGUUUAAUAAGUUUGAGUAACUUUUUGUUAAGCAGCAAGAAAAUAUUUUCCAGGGGAAGCUAAUUCCAGCACAUCCUCCUUGUGUAGGUUUGAUGUUAUGGAACAGUGAGCCUGUUGAAUUAAUUAGCAACCUGCACUGCACUUCCUCAGCCCAUCUGCAUACUUCGGACUGAGGGAAGCCUCCAGGUGCAGGUGCUCGGGCUCCAGGUGGGCAUACACAGUGCCAGCAGCUGUCCCAUACCCACGGGCUCUGCAGGUGACCUGGAGUCACCUCACCCCACUCUCAGGUCAAACUGUGGUGAGCGGGGCCAGCAAGAGGCAGCGUCGCAUUCCUCCAGGAUUUGUGUCCGUCUGCUCCCAUCCCAAACCCAAAGUGGGGCUGCCCCACAUUAGGGCCAUGCCAGCCCCGUGGCCCCCAGCUGCGCCGUGUGCAAGGAGGAGCAGAGCCGCCCACAUCUCCCUCCUGGGCUGUGUGCAGAGAAAGGCACGCGCGCGCUGCUGGGAGCCUGGCAUUUUUUCAUCUUGGCACAAAAUUCUCCCAGAGAUGAUUAUUUGAAAGAUGAGUCACCAAAUACAAUAGCAAAGACACAUCCUUGACUUACUGGCAGAGAAGAGAGAUGUGACCAGCAUUAAGUCUCUGUGCAAUGUCUCCAUCACACAGCGUCUGGCGUUUAUUCCAAACAGCUCUCAGUCUUGAGCAGGAUUGUCCUUUCACAUCAGAAAUCCAGCUGCUUUUCCAUCUGAAACAUUCCUUAAUGAAAGGCAUGUGCACGGAUGCAAAAAUCACUGGGUUCUGGUGCUUUGCUCUGUACAGCCACAGUCUUUAAAGUAUGUUUGUAGGAACACACACGCACACAUGGAUACACACUGACCUCUCUGCACUGAGGCUGUGCUCUGAAAUGGGGCAUAAAUUCCAGCUGUCUUCUGGGAGCUGGUGGGCUCCUCAUGUUUUUCAGAAUUUUCUCAGUCUUUCCGUUCCUCUGUCAAUCUAUUUCAGUGUCUGCCCAGCGUCUGGUUAGGAGCAGACCUUGAGACAAUGAAUGGAGAUGCAAAGCAGAAGAGAUGCUGCUUUGCACCACAGAGCACAGCACUGGGUGCACCUGUGUGCAGCGCACAGACAGCGGCCGUGGCAAAGGCACGGUGCCCUCCAGGCAGCUUCUGGGAGCUGCACUGCUCCUGGAAACCUGCGAGUGCCACGGAAGGGGAUUGCUGCCUUCUAGACUUUUCCAAUUCAACAGCAUCUCUGACCUUGAUGAUGUUGGUUUAACUAGAAUAUGAAAUGCAAAUAUAGCCUCAGCUCAACAAUUCUGGCACCCAGCAAAGAGACUGAAGGGUGGAACGCUUCCCAGAAGGGUCAGCGAGAGCAGGAAAAAUUAUAUAGAGCAAAUAAACAGAAUAAAAUGCUUCUCCAUUAUCCUGAUGCGCAGGGCUGCAGCUCCAGGGGACUGCAGGAGCCUGCACUGCUCUGAGCUUACACUUAAGGACAAGGGGCUGAUCAGGGAAGGAGCUGAGGGCAAGGAGACAAGUCGCUCUUAGGUUACUGUGCAGCAGGACAGCCACCCUCCCGCCCCUCAGCUGUCCCCACCUCCUCCAUCAAUGCGCCCCGCAGCCAGGGCAGCCACCCUGGGAAUUAUUUCCUUGGGAUCUUGGGCCAGAUCUUAGGAAAGGGGUAAAGAUGCUGCCAGGCUGGGCAGGGCAAAGUGUUCCUGCCCCACGGCUGAGCCUCCCUACGCCUGGAGGAGCGCUGUGCUGCCCUGCGCUGGCACCUGUCCUGGGCACUGCUGUGAGCCACCAGCAGCAGCCAAAGGGACAGCAUCCUGCAGCUGCCCCUGCCCACACGGAGCCCCACGCUCUGCCCCACACAGGGGCACAGCCAGAGACAGACAGCGCCGGCAGUGCCCGAGGGCCGGGUCCGGAACCACCUCACUGAGGCAUCUGCAGUGCCACCGUGACUUCAUUAAAAAUUUAGAACACAAAUUACAACAUUCACCCGGGAAGAAUUGCUUUCCUACCAAUUACAGUUAAUGGGGUAAAAUUAAUGUACCAAUUAAUAUGGCUGCUUCUAAAACUCAGUCUAAUAUGUUAAAUACUGUUCCUGCCUCUGUAAAUGCAGCAAAAUAAAGUGAUGAUCAGGAUGGGAGCUAAUAAAGUUUUGCUCCUCUGUACUUAAACUAUUUGGCAUCGCUGACUUAAGGCACAAGGAAAAAGGAGAUUAUUUAACAUUUUAAGGUUUGUAGGACCCAUAAAUCAUUUCAUACAUGCCAUAUUUGUUGAAGAGGAUAGAAUACAUUCAAUUUUACAGUAUAUUAAACUUCAUCUAAUUUGAACGUAAGAACAGACCAGCAAAAUAAAUGACCAAUUUCUGAAGCAGAAAUUACCAUUUGGCUGCUGCCAUUAUGAAGCUGCUGGUAUUUUAUCAUGUUCUUAACAUAAUAUUGCUUGUCUAUUGAUGCAUAGUUAUAGUGCUAGUCCAAAUUGGAAGGCGGUGAAAGAGGACAGUGCGGAGUUUUUUUUUAAUAGGCAUCAUUUGUCAGAUGUUAUUUCAGAGGUCUUUGCACUGAUGAUAAUAUGCAGAUUAAAGCAGAAGUAAAUAGGAAAAGAAAAAAAAAAAAAAAAGAGAGAGAGAAAAGAAAAGCAGAAAGGGAAUGAGAAUUCCAGUGCAUUCCGCUGCGGCAGACGAGAGGCAGGCAGGUGGACCGGGCCCCAGCGGGUACAGAUAACAGUAAUUAAUCUGGGUUGAAGGGUUUCUUUGGAAGCCCCCGCGGAGCCUGACAAAGGGAGGAGUCCUCCGCUGCAUCUCAAUGCUGCGGGGCCGCGGGGACGGGCGCAGCGCUCGGCCCCAGCUCCGCGCCCGCGGUGCCUCCCGCCCCGCACCGCCCGCAGGAGCCACAAAUCUGAGCGCAAAUAAAAAUUAUGUUUAGUUUGCAAAACAGGAGGAAGGCAUCUCCAUCCUCUGGAGUUCAUUGUUCUGCUAGACUUGGUAUUAUAGCGGCAAUAUAUUAAAGGGAAGAAAAAUCAGCUGGCCGCGUUGCGUGCGGAAUGACAAUGGGAAGCCACAAACAUGAUGGAGGUGCGGCGGGCGGAGGAGGGCUCUGCGGGCACGAUGAGGGCCGGGGGGAAGGGGCCCAGGGCAGAGCCCGCAGCCCCGGGGCACACAGACUUUUCACUGGAGCGGCUUCUGGGAAGAGGUGCUGGCAGCCGGGCUCUUGUCCUGCUGCACAGCGCAGCUCUCUGCCCGCAGCAGGGCAGUACCAUGCUCCAGCACGGUGCCCACAGCAGAGAGCAGCUGGCACCGAACAAGCCCCGCUCUGAAUGGAAUUCCUUGAGAGCAACGCGGUACUGAGCAGCAGGAUGCGUGGGGAUCGUUCCACCGAAGGUGCACGAAAGAUCUUCAGCUCGUAUCCAUGACUUGUGUUACAUAUGUAAAGAUUUUCCCAGAAGGUGCAUACAUAUUCAAUAUUUUCCCCCCAGAUCACUAACAUAAGGUUCCACAGGCCAGGGAACCACUACAGAAGCUGUAAAUUCCCUUUUCUUUGCCUCGUAUGAUGGUUUUGCACGUGCGAAUUGCAUUAGCAACCUUUGAGAUAUCCAGGUGCAUCCUCAGGAUACAGGAACAAGGUGGUCAAGGAAGCAGACGUACCCUGCAAGCUGCAAAGGAGGGAGCUGUUCUGCAACGAGGUUUUAGGUCACGCCAGCAUUUCACAGAGCCACCCAGACCCUGCGCCUCCUUAAACCAAACGAAUUGCUCGGAUAUUAGAGCUGAAACCAUGCUCCAUGACUGCAAAUCUGUGCAGGGAUAUAUUGUGCUAUAACAUAGAUUUCAAUUACUUCCCAACCUUCAGCGAGAUGAUGCGACAUUACGCUCCACUGUCAGAGUUUGCCAGCAUGCCCUUACUUUUAUUUCUCCUGUUAAAUAUGGUCUUUGUUGCGCUUCAUUGAUCUCUGAGCAUAUUCUGCUGUUUACAACUUUGAUAAUCUUUGUGUAAUCUUCAGGGGUAAUUGAAUUCCGACAAACAUAGCUGAAUUUUAAACACCGCACUGAUUUAAGCACAUUGAAAAGCCACGAUGUGAAAGUCAACCCUGAAGAGAGGAACCAGCACUGCAAACCUGGGGGUGAGCCAGGCCCAGAGCCUGGGGAGCAGCUGAGCAAGUUGGAGGACACAGCUGUGUCCUACCCCAGAAUUUAAUCCCAGGCAGUAAAUAUCACUGCAUUUAAAGAUUUCUGUACAUGCAAAUGUCAAAAGCUUCAUCUCUACUGCAGAGUUCCACGGAAUUCCACAGAGCUGCACUGCUAGGACAGGAUGCAGUCAGAAACUAUCAAUCUUGGCUUCAGUACCCAGGGAAUUGCCCUUGUACAGAUAAAUUAUUGUUUUUAUGGGCAUGUUUUGUGAAUUAGGCAAGGGGGAAAAUGUUCCAGUUGGCUUUCAGUGUGAAAGUUUCUUCGCAGAGCCCUAGGGGCACAUGCACAGUGCUUUCAUAAUCAUUAUUGUUAUUUACUACUUGCCUAGCACCAGGACCAUGCUGAGCACAGCGCUGUGCAGCGCGGCCAUGCACCACCCCCGCCCCCAGGCACUGAGCUCCCAGGGAUGCCAGCACCAAGCAGACCCCCCACCUUUGGCAAAGGCAUUCCCCCAUCCUCUGCUGACCAUCCCUGUGUUGGUGAUACCUCCCCUUCGGUGGGUGGAGAAACAGAUGUCUUGCUUGAGGACAUCAGAUUUUUGAUGCGUUUCCUACAAACUUUAAUUUCCCAAACCGUCCUCAUUCAGGAUGCAGAGGGAUCGCUUGGGUAUGGUAUGAAUUAGUAUGCGAGCAGAUCUCCUCCUGCAAGGGGAUGAGCUCCGCCAGACGAGAAGGAGCCUCCAAAAUCUCAGUGCUGGAAGGGAAAAGCUGCCGCUCUCGCGCUGUUUGUGCUGGAGCCGUCUCCAGUUUAUUGCAGUGGCACACGCACAGCCUUGGCACAGCACAGACAUUCUGCCGAAGGGUCUGUGGAGGACGGAAGGGUCUCUGCACAAUCGAAAGAAAAGGAAUUAAAGGGUUUCUGGCUAGAGGAAAAGGAGAGUGAAUUUAAUCAGAGCUGCUGUGAUUUGGAAAUCCAAUUGCACUUGUCCAUCAGCAAAGGCAGCACCAGGGAAGGGCACCCAGAGGCCACGGGCAGGGAGUUGGGGUGCAGCUCCCCCAGGACGGGAGGUGGUCCUACUGCAGAGCCCAGGGCUGCACAGCUCGGCGGGGCUUAGCAUCCAUCCCACUGCACGCUGCAGGAGGAGCACUGGAGCAGAGCUGCUCUCCCUCCCACACGUGUUGUAUUUUCCAAAUUAAAGAGCAGAAUUACAAUGAGACCUGACAUUAAAUUCCAUAAAAAGUCAAGCUAAUCAGUGACCAAACCUGUAAUUGAUUCUUUUGCUAGUUCAAUACUUAAUGCUACAUGUUAAGCAAUAGGAUUCUACAAUUUGCUAGCACUUCACUUACAGAGAAUUAAGCAAUAAAAACCCAUUCUGAGCACAAACAGCCCAGGAAGGAGCUGCAUGCGCUGGUAAGUGAAUGAGCCAAUAAAGCCGCUCAACUCUUCCCACCUCUUGUUUUUCACAGUAGAUACUCUGUAUAUCUCUGUAUGAUACACGAAGCACCUUUAACAAACACAAGAGCAGUUGGAAGCCCCUCUCCCGAAGACCACCUCGAGACACGCAGAGCUGCUAAUGAACCCCGGAUGGCAAACAUCCGUGCCCUUGGGUGCAGGUGGGCUGGAGGGCACCAGUUGUGCUGCAGUGCGAGGAGCACCAAGAAUCCCUGGGUCUGCCCGGCCUCCCAUGUCUCCUCCUCAGGUCUCCCUUCCGAGCCCAUCUGUGCUGGGCCCUGAGCAGCAGAGACACGCUUCAGAAAUACAAUUAUUGUAGCGGCGACGCCCACGCUCCCGGUCUCGGUGGGGGUUAGACGUCCUGCUGCGAUGAUUCAGGGAAUCCGUCGAGGCACAUUUUAUGAAUUCCACUGAAGCUGUGGAAUUGCUGCAUGAGAUGAAUACCUCAAGGGUUGUCAUGUCAGCCACGUGCUAGCAGAGCUGCUUCACACUGCCCAGACCAGGGAGAGUAGCUGCCCAAAUAGCACACUGCUGCUUUCAGCAUAACCCUGCCCUGACUGUGUCUCACCCAAAGCCUACAACAGCACACACUACAGACACAGAUUAACUUUUCCAGGCUCAUUCUGAGGGCAUUUUCCAUGUGACAGCAGAGAUGCUGCAAAGGUGCCUCCAGAGCCGCCUUAGCCAUCCCCAGAGGGUGCGUGGCUGUGGGGACGGCAGAGCCUUCCCAGCAUGGAGCCAGCCAACCUGCUCGUCACACACAGCUGCUCUUUGCAGAAGAAAGAGCAGAGCCAGAAGAGCCCCAUUAGGACCAGCUCCACCUCUCAUCCCAAACCCCUUAUCCAAACCUCAGUUUGAAUAACGCAGGUUAACGCCGCUGAGACAUGUGGCAGUGCAAAUCCAAUCGUGCUGAGCUGGAGGGGAAAGCAGAAGUACAACCCCACCAGGAGGCAACAGCAGCCAGCUGAAGGGUGCUUAGCAGUGGCACAACCCCACGGGGCAGCAUCGCCGCUGCCUGAGCACCUGCAGCCAGCGCGGGACGGCCCUCGAGAUCCGAUCUGCAGAACGCACCUGGCUAAUGAGUUCGUGCCUGACAGAUGUAAGCACCAGGCAUUUGUACAGUGCGAAGAUGCAUCUGAGCACUUGUCACUAAAGACAUAAGGGAGUGCUGUGACCACGCAUGUGACGUGUCCCCUAUCAGUUACGAGCACAGCCAUUGCUUUCUGCAGGCAGGCUAUGGCAGUAGCUGAGGAACACAACGACUGCUGCUGCCUUGCAGACUGUGUGGUGAGGACGUGCAGCCCAGCACCCCUGUGCACGUACCUGACUUGUAUGCAUCUUUUCCACACAUUCAGCAGAUACUUUUGUUCUGACUCGGAACCAUUAUGCCCAUUUAUCACACACAGAUAAGUAUUUUCCAUCAGUUAUUUGCUGAGGUUGUCACAACACCAGUGAUGGUGAUUCUUACAAUAUCCAAUGUCUGAAAAAUUUGUGUCCAUGAAUUCUUAGAAUAAGCAAAAUGAAAAAGUGCCCAACAUCUCUGUUUGCUUCUGUUCAGGUUUGGAGUUAAGGUGACAUUAUGAAGCCCUGGAAAACUGUAAGGAGACAAAUAAGGAGCUUGAUAUUUAGAAAGGAUGAACAGAAGAGCUGCCCUCAGGGGAGUUACAGAGAUGUUUUAUAAACUACUGGGGAGUAACUGCAGCCAAGGAAAAAUAAUGGGAAAACUCAAGAGGAACCUAUAAAGAUUUAACAGGUGGGAUAAUUCCAGUUCACACAGAGCAAUAGGAAAUAAGCUUGUCAAACCACCCCCACUCCCUCGAUGAGAUUACAAGUUUGGCUGAUUAAGGCAAUUACAUUGAUGUAACUGAAUUCUGCCAGUUCCUGGGCUCCAUAGCAUAUGCCACUGAAAUAUUGUGCUCCACAACAGCCUGCACUGAACGGACUGCAGCAGCCAAAGGCAGUGCUGCUGGGGCAAGGUAAGGUGGGGAAAAUAGGAAAUCCUAGCACACUGCUUUGGGGGCACGCCACAGGAACACCUCAUCUCUUCUCCAUCUGUGCUGCAGUGAGGUGUGCAAGUUGCAGAGAGGGAGCGAGAGCCACAGAACACAGUUGAAAAGCUCAGGAUGACAACUGCUAUUGAAAAGCGAAUCCUGCCUCAUAUAAGCCAAAGAGCAAGUGCCAGCAGUAGCCCUGGAAGUCAGUUAGGGAGCUCGGGUCCAUCCCGUGGGCAUUUGGAGGAUUCAGCACCGCUUCGGCACGGUCCCGUCCUGCCCGGCAGCAGCAGGCAGUGUCUCUGUGCCCAGAUGCGGAGAUCUGAGAGCCCGGAGCGCUCCCGAAACAGGAUUCUGGGGGCAGGGGCAGCUCUGCCCCCCACCCCACCUGGGCCGCAGCGAGUGCCCAGGGCCAUGCCUCAGCCUGAGUGUUUGGCGCUGUCAGCAACACUCCCCUACAGCACUGAGGUUUCUGCUGCAGCCCGGAGUCCUCAACCAUGAAAUUAUAUAGCUCUACCUUGACCUCUGAUUUUCUACAGUUAAUAUCUCCUAGAGAAUAUACACCGCGGCUCAGGGCCAUUUCUCUGACUCAGCCAACGAGAAAUGCCAUCUCCAAGCGUGCCCCUGCUAACUCACUGGGAUGCCGUUCCCAAAUGCCUCCCGUGCUCCCACCGCACCCCGUCCCCUCCCCAGGCGCAGCUCUCCCUCCUGCCCUGCCUGCAGCAGCAGGGAGCCACCAAGUGCCACAGGACGGCUUCAAAGUGCUGUCUCAGGCUCCGGGAAGGGAAAUCUCACUCUGCUGCUGCUCUCACAAUCAAGACACAUCGGAUCUUCCAGGAGACUGAUAGAGAGGGGACGCUGGUGUCAUUAUCGAGUUAAUUAGAAAAACUCAAAUGGAGCUUUAAACAUUUUUAUAAUACAUUUGUGGGCCUUUUUGGCAGGAUUAUUGCAUCUUUUGGGUUUCCAUUUCCCAUUAAAGCAUUCUCAGUAGUGCAUAUAUAAAAGCCAUGUGAUCUUGGCUCCUUGCUGUUUUUCCUUUUUUUUUCUUCAAGACAUUUUUUUGGGGGGUAAGAUUUAUUAAAUAUUGUAAUCAGUUAAAUUCUGGCAGCUUAAACAUUUUCUUUAAUAGCCUUGUUAAAUGUGGAUUAGAUUUAAAAUCCCUGCCUCUGAACUCCUGAGCAGUAGUAUUUAUACGCAGCGUUAAAAAAAUUAAAAGCUUUACAAAGUGGUAAUUACUCCUCUGCUGUAGGAGAAAAGAGACUGACUCUCCAUGUUAUUUUAUGGCAAGUUUUGCCAUGCUUGCAGGGAGUGCUGCACAGAAACGCAUGUGGUGUUGAACCCCAGGACAACUUUCAGGUGGUACAUUGAGGGCAGCUGAAGCAGGGGGAAAUCCCUUUCCCAGCUCACCCUGCCCAUGCCCCUUGCAGCAGCUCUGUGCUGCUCCAGGCUGCACACAGUGAGCUCUGCAUGCUGCAGACAAACAGCUCUGCACUGCUGCUCCCCUGAGCCAAGCACAGGUGCUGCUGUGAGCCGGGCUGAGCAGUGCUGAGCAUUGCUGCAGGGAUGAGCAUUGCUGCAGGGGUGAGCAGUGCUGCACAGGUGAGCAGUGCUGCAGGGCCGAGCAUUGCUGCAGAGAUGAGCAUUGCUGCAGGGGUGAGCAGUGCUGCAGAACAGCCCCUCGAGGUGAGCACAGCAGCACAGAGGACCCCACCGACUGCUUCAGCCCCAUCUGGGCAGCACCAUAACUCUUCAGUUCGUCUUGUUGAAAGCACAAGUUCUGCUGAAUAUUUUUGAGGAACAGAAGGUACCUUUGGGAACCUUAACUGGGUUUUAAUGAAGCUUUUUGCCAUUGAAUGUAAGUCAAUUUUCUUGGAGUGAUUACCCUAUCUCUGGAGGGUAUUGUAGGAAUAGAUGAGAACUAGAGAGGGACAGGAAUAAUAUCAGGGGCUGAAAAAAAAUCUCAAAUAAGGACAGACAGGAAAACAAGGUAAAAAGAAUGAAAAAAAUAAUGAAUGAUCUUGAGAAGACAAUCUGGGAGCUCCUCUUAUCCCACUCUCAUAAUAACGGAAGAGGAAACAUGAUGUUGAAUUAAAAGCAGGAAUAAAAUGGUGAUAGAAGAGAAGUACUUUUCUCAUGUGAGCUGUAAGAUGUGGGAGGUCUCAGCACUGCACAGGCACCAGCAUGCAGCAUGAGUGUGCUCCGCAGGAACCAGGGCUCUGCGGUGCCCAAAACACACAGAGCACUUCCCCACGCUGGGACUACAGGGAACAAGAGGGGAACAUCUCAUGGCUUUUGUCCAGGCUGCAGCCUGGUCUGACUUUCACAUUUUGUAGGCAAUUAGCUGUCAGCUGUGUUGGCAAGGCAGGGUGACUUGUCUAUAAAUGGCAGACACCCUGCCCUGCUCUGCAGUUUCCUUGUUAGACACAGUGGUGAGCAGAGCAGGCAGCAGAGUGGGGUUCUGCAGCCUCCACCACAUUUGCAGUUGGCUCUUUUCAGGCUGCUCCGAGAGUGAUGUGUGCCACCUCUGCACCUCCGCCCUCAUCUCCUGCACAGUCCUACAGAGGCAUGCAAAGGAGCUGCACGGAGCAGCCAGAUUGCUCCAAGAUGGGGACACCGCAGCUCCUGGAAGGAGGGCAGGAAACCUUCCUGUGCAAAGCAGGGAACUGUGACAACCAAAGGUUGUAUACGUGUAUACGUGGGGAUCCCUCCACUUGCAUAAGUGCAGCCCUCAGUCCUGUCCAGCACAGGCACUGAUGUCAGGAGACAAAAGCGUGGUGGAAGGAUGCUCUGCGCUGCCCCACCACACUGGUGCUGUGUGCCCAUCCCAGUGCCAGCGUCCGACCUCAGCACUGCUGGUGGCACCCACAGGGACCAUCACUGAGCAGCAGAUAACACAAAGGGACAAAUAGAUGUAAAAUGUGCUGGCGUGGAACGAGCUCUGAGAGCACUUUUUUCCUGUCUCGCAGUCAGGAGCUGGCUCUGGGGAUGCGACUUCAGGGAGAAAGAAACGCUCUUCAGCGCCGAACGAGAGAAUGAAGAUUUUCUCCUUUUAAAAUUCAUAAACCAACACAGGCUGUAAGUUAAAAAAUAAGGUUCCCCUAUUUACAUAUAUCACUGAAACAACCACAGUGCUUGUUAUGAAUUAUUUAGCAUAAUGCACUUUCACAUCGGCCCUGCUUACUCCGCGGCCUCCUCUCAAUUAGGCGGUUAUGGCAGAGGGGUCAGUAAUAACAGGUCACUUAAAAUGUAAAUAAAAGUGGCAGCGGGAGAUAUACUGGAGCAGUUAUUUAUACUGUUCUAUUGCUGCAAAAGUGUGUUUAUGAAGCCCAGUUCCCAGCAUGUUUCCUUGUCAUGAAAAGAUCUGUUUAGCAAACUGAGCACUGAACAUCGCACAGUGAGAGCAGAAGCGCUGCGUGCGUGCGGGCGCUGGUGGCUGGGGUACAAUGCACAGCCCUGGGGCACACACUGAGCCCUGCCCAUGCCAGGAUCCUGCUCUGAUCCCUGCCCAUGCCAGGAUCCUGCACUGAUCCUUGCUUGUGCUGGGGCCCUGCACCGAGCCUUGCCCAUGUUGAGUUUUAAAGAGGACAGGAUUCCAAGAAGUUGGGAGUGUCCACACGAAGCAACUUAACAUUCUUGAAAAGUACAAUUCAGUGAGGAAACUGUUCUUCAUUUAUAGCCCAAAUUGAUCUCUUUGAUCACAUAGAAAGGUUGGCUUCUAUUUGGGUUUUACAAUGUUUCUUGCUUAGCUGAAGUUUUCGAGAAGUUGUUUAACGUCAAGACAAUGUUCCUGGGCUUGUUGAGCUGCAAGCAGACAGCAGAAUCAGCUCUGCACUGCUCCCUGGCAGCUCUCCCAGCUGGCAGCAGCCGCUGCUCCACUCCAUCCUGCAUGGCACCCCCCAUCCUUGAUCUCUGUUGGAGCAGCUCUCAGCUCUGCGCCUGCAGGAGCAUGACUGCCAGCUCCACUGCGAGCACCUGACACUACAGCACCGUCACUGUGCAUGCAGGAGGUGGCUCCCGGGGGCAGGGCUGGCAGCAGCCCGGUGCCUCGUCCUUCAGCUGAGCAGGAAUUGCGCCAGUCUGCCUGCAUCAUUCCAUUCUACAAUUGUAUUUACCGUGAGCGCGAGUGAAAUGCAUCGAAAAUGAAACUGCUGCCCAGUGGAGCUCCUGGUUAGCAAGCAGCAGUCCCCUGGGAUUGUCUACAGUGCAAAGGGAAGCAGAGAAAGAGGGGCACAAGGUUUCCCCACCGGCCCAACAUGCAUCUUUACAAGUGCAUUUCUGGCUCCAUUUGCCCCUGGGGAAGAUGCAGUUGGCUCAGCUUUGCUUUUCUCUUUGCCUUUGCAAAAGGAAGGUUCUGAAUUAUAAAUCACACAGAGAGGGACAGCUUCAUGAGCAGUGCUGGGGUGUUUCUUCCCCAGGAAAGGCAGGAGGUCCCAGUGGGGCCAGGCUCCAGGUGAUGGGGAGUGAGGCAGCCCCUGACGUGGCCAUGCCCCACGCAGCCCUGCAGCCAGAGCUGACUCUGGGCUUGGAUGUGGUUUUUCCCAUGAACUGUUAUUAGCCCUGUAUGGGAUGGUGAUAAUAACAAGCCAUUAAUAGGAAUCUGUUUGAGUGCCACUGUGUGGCAAGAUCGUAAAUUAACGGCCAUUUCAUUUAUUGUCAUUUUACCUGUAACAAGAUGCUGAUUUUCCUCCUGGGAUAAGGAAAUUGGUCUGUGAGACCCAUAAAUCCUCACCGUGGUGGGAGGCUGGAGCAAGGUGCGGGAUUAAUGGGCUAAUGACACAGACGUGAAGGCUCUUAAAUCGCACUGCAGGCAGGUGCUGGCGGAGCAGCGUGUGCUGUCCCUGGUGCCAGUUGUGCUCCAGAGUUUAAGAGCAGAGUUCCUGCAGGUGUCAGACCAGAAGGAUCCAGAUCUCUUCCCCCAGCACACCCUCACUGUUUGUAUUUUCUGCCCAUGGAAGUACUGUUUUUAAGGGCAGAUCUGUCCAGCCAAAGUGGCCAAGGAUGUCCUGCUGAUCUCCACAUCAUCAGUGGUGCCACGGGCAGAUGCUGCCUGCUCUGCCCACAGCAGCUCAGGGUCAGCCAUGAGGGAGAAUUGAUUACUUCUGCUCUCU